AUGGAGCAGAAGCAAGGGAUCCGAUUCCUCGUUCUCUCCGACACCCAUGAUAAUGCAUUCCCGGAUCCAGCGACGCUUCCCGAGGCCGAUGCCAUCAUCCACUGCGGCGAUCUAACCAUGAUCGGCGGGCUCUCAAAUUAUCGACGCGCCCUCGAGUCUCUCGCAUCUUGUCCUGCUGAGAUCAAGCUAGUCGUUGCCGGCAACCACGACGUGUCUCUCGAUGCUCGGUGGUGGGAUGAGAAUCUCGACAGCGACGACGAUCAAGAUGAACCAGCUCAUGUACGAGCGCUCUUUACAUCAGAGGUGUACGCCAGCCGCGGUGUGCGUUAUCUCGACGAAGGCACGCAUCAAAUCACCCUCCGCGACGGGCGCACGUUCAAAGUCUAUGCAUCACAAUACACCCCAGCAUUUGGUGGCUAUGCCUUUGGCUACAACCCCGAGAACGACCGUUUCAACGCCAAAGGAAGUGCUGUCAGGAUACCAGACAACGAAAACAUUGACCUUGUGAUAACACACGGGCCGCCCCGGCCCUCUCCGUCCCAUCUCAAGGCAGGGCAAGCGUACCGGUUGGACCUCAACUGGAAGCAGCAGCGGCAGCAGCACCUCGGAUGUCCACGGCUAUGGAGGGCUAUAGAGCGGGUCAAGCCCAAGCUGCAUUGCUUUGGCCACAUCCACGACGGACACGGUGCCCAAAUAGCUCGAUUUCACAAUGGUUCAGAACCGAUCAUCGUAGACGCGGAGGCAGUCGAAAAGGAAGGCGCUCUCCACAUUAGCGGCAUGAAAGGAACAACGCUGCUUGUGAAUGCAGCCAUCAUGAGACAUGGCGAGGAGGAACACAACAAGCCCUGGAUGGUAACGGUGACGCUCUGA